AUGAAGCUCAGCGUGAGUGCGUAUCGCGCACAUGCGUCCGCGCAUAAGAAGAUCCUUACGUCUUCAUAUCAACAGCACUAUGGCAGCACUGCAGCGCCACCUGUCUGCAAUCCAGUGCAACCACCGAAUUUCACACCACAAAUAAUAAUUAUAGGUAUGUCGGCAAUUCUGAAAGAAGAAAUAGAAGAAGAACAGAAGAUAGUGCUCAGUUCUUCAGGUUAUGCAGGCGAAGGAAUAUGUGCAGUCCACCGGUACUCUCUCGCCUCCAUGACCUGA